AUGGAUACUGCUAUGGAAGCCAACCUGGGGGUCUCUGGCCACGGGCCCCGCACGGAGCUCGAUGAUGAGGAUUACUACCCUCAGGGUGGCUGGGAUACGGUCUUCCUGGUGGCCCUGCUGCUCCUGGGGCUGCCGGCCAAUGCACUCAUGGCGUGGCUGGCUGGCUCGCAGGCCCGGCAGGGGGCAGGCACGCGGCUGGCCCUGCUCCUGCUCAGCCUGGCUCUCUCUGACUUUUUGUUCCUGGCGGCAGCGGCCUUCCAGAUCAUGGAGAUCCAGCACGGAGGGCACUGGCCGCUGGGGACGGCGGCCUGCCGCUUCUACUACUUCCUGUGGGGUGUGUCCUAUUCCUCUGGCCUCUUCCUGCUGGCAGCCCUCAGUCUGGACCGCUGCCUGCUGGCGCUCUGCCCACGCUGGUACCCGGGGCGCCGCCCAGUCCGCCUGCCCCUCUGGGUCUGCUCCGGGGUCUGGGUGCUGGCCACCCUCUUCAGUGUGCCCUGGCUGGUCUUCCCGGAGGCGGUCAUCUGGUGGUAUGACCUGGUCAUCUGCCUGGACUUCUGGGACAGCGAGGAGCUGCCGCUGCGCAUGCUGGAGAUCCUGGGGGGCUUCCUGCCUUUCCUCCUGCUGCUCGUCUGCCACGUGCUCACCCAGGCUGCUGCCUGCAGGACCUGCUGCCGCCGCCAGCCAAGACCCCCGGCCUGCCGUGGCUUUGCCCGUGUGGCCAAGACCAUUUUGUCAGCCUACGUGGUCCUGCGGCUGCCUUACCAGCUGGCACAGCUGCUGUAUCUGGCCUUCCUGUGGGACAUCUACCCGGGCUACCUGCUAUGGGAGGUGCUGGUCUACUCCGACUACCUGAUCCUGCUCAACAGCUGUCUCAGCCCCUUCCUCUGCCUCCUGGCCAGUGCCGACCUGCGGGCCCUGCUGCGCGCGGUGCUCUCCUCCUUCGCGGCCGCGCUCUGCGAGGAGCGGCCAGGCAGCUUCACGCCGGCCGAGCCACAGACCCAAGUGGACUUUGGGGGGCAGACUCUGCCAGAACCAACUGCUGAGGCCCAGCCACAGGCGAAUCCCCUGGUCCAGCCACAGCUGAACCCCACAGCCCAGCCAGAGGCAGAUUCUGGGGCCCAGCCUCAGCUGAACCCCACGGCCCAGCCAGAUGCAGAUUCUGGGGCCCAGCCUCAGCUGAACCCCACGGCCCAGCCAGAGGCAGAUUCUGGGGCCCAGCCUCAGCUGAACUCCACGGCCCAGACCCCUGGACCUGCUGCCAGCUCAGCCCCCAGCCCCUGUGAUGAAGCCUCCUUCACCCCAUCCAAGGACCCCACCCCAGAGGCCUCUGAGAAUCCGGCCAUGCCUGCUGCCUCUGAGGGCGAAAACCCCAGCAGUGCACCCCCAGAGGAGGUUCCCGGUGCAGGACCCACGUGAGGGUCCAGGAAAGCCCAGUCCUGCCAGGGCAGCCGGAGGGAGACGGAGAAACCAGCCAGUCAGAGAGGAGGGGUGUUGCGGAGGAAGUCGUCAUGGAAACCCCCCCAGGUCCCUUGGGCCUGCAGGAGGACUUGGGGGAAGUGAGAAUGAAGUGGCCAAAAGUCCCAGACAGUUUGUUGUGAGCGUCACGUCCCUGUCUGGGUCCC